CAACUACCGAGCUGAUCUCCAUUGCUACUUCGCGUCUCCUGUCACGCCUGGAUUAUCGAUUUCAUGUGAAUAUUGAGCAGGCGCAUUAGAGUUGACCCGGCAUUUAAAGCACUGCAGGGCCAACCAAUCCUACACGUCGCUUGACAUUUCGUCCUUUCUUCCUCAUCGCGCAGCGGAGACAGGGCCAUUCUCUCACUAAUACGUCGUCGCCAAUAUUUUGAUAUCUUUGAAGAUGCCACCUCCAGUUCGCAAUAGACAGAGCCUAUCCAAGGACAAGUUUGUGGGAUACUUUGCACCACUGAAAAGUCAGACAUACCACGAAUCCACCCAAUCUAGAGGAGGCGGAGUUGGAAGUAUUCGCUCGAUAGCUUGGAAUCCCGUUGGAAGCCUUGUCGCAACUGGUUCGGCUGACAGAACACUUCGUGUUUGGAAUCCUGAAAAGCCCAAUGCGCGGUUCUCGACCGAUUUAAAGGGUCAUGCUGCAGGCAUUGAUAAAGUGGCCUUCAAUCCCGUCAAGGAUGCAGAACUUUGCAGUCUCAGCAAGGACGGUGUUGCCAAGUUCUGGGAUGUAAGAACGAAAGCCUGUGUGAACGAGGUCAAGGACCUUGGAGAUGCACACGCCCUCGCCUGGGCCCCUGAUGGGUCCUCACUUCUUGUAGGAAACAGGAGUGGCGGGCUUUUCCGAAUCUCGCCAACCGAGUCCGCCAUUCUUUCAUCUCAUCCACAGCCCGUUGAGGCGUACCAGAUGUCCUUUUGUUGGUCGGGCAAGAAAGUCUUUCUCCCGACAAGGGAAGGAAGUAUCCGCAUCUUGUCUUAUCCUGAGCUGGAGCCGAUUCUGCACGUCAACCAUGCCGUCAAGCCUGGCGAGUCAGAUGAGUUUAUUCUCAAGGGCCACACAGCCCCAUGCCUGACGGCCGAACUGUCACCCACCGGAAAGUACCUUGCAACAGGAGGGGGGGACGCAAUUAUGUCUCUAUUUGAGACCCAAGACUGGAUCUGCAAGCGUACGAAUACACGCAUCGUCGGACCAGUAAAGAGCAUCAGCUUCACGUUCGAUGGUCGAUAUGUCGUCGGUGCCUGUGAAGACGGCCCUGGUUUGGAUGUCACCCAUACAGAGACAGGGGAGCAUAUUCACACGUUCAAAACAGCUGGACCUUGUCAUGCCUUAGCGUGGGCGCCAACUAGGUAUUGUCUGGCCUAUAGUGAUCUGGGGAUUCUACGCAUCAUUGGACUCGAUGCGGAUAGAAAAUAAGGGGCAAUGGGCUGCCAGACGACGGCACAUAAAUCAGCAGUGUGGUAAGCUGCUCCAGAUUCAAGGCGAAUGGUGCCCAGGCUUGUUGAUAGGUCUAGCCCCUUGCGUUCGCUCAUUCCAAUAAUCGCCGGGGGAGGCUCGGCAUGGACACAAGCGAGCUUUCGGCCAGGUGUGGCCGUGACGGCAGGGCUAUCAGCACGGUGCAAAAUUACCCCGAGUUGACGACCAUUUUCAGGGACGGCUAUGGGAUCGCCAUACAUCGAGGUGGCUGUGCGAUGGGCCCUGUCUGGGAGAUACUUUUGAAGGCAAAAAUAUAUAUGCUAAUGACGGAAACCACGUGGAAAAGAUGUAAGUCCAGGCGAGACGGGUCGUGAAACCAUGGCCCAUGGGAGGAAGUUGUACAUUGAAAACAGAGCUCAUGUGGUACAGCUAUCAUGUAUUGUUACGGACCACGCAGUAUGGCAGGCCCCAUAUGCUAGCGAAAUGCUUCCAUCAAUGAAGAUAAUGAUUACAGCCUACUCUUUUACACUAACCUAGCAGUUGUGGACAGGAAAAGCCUUGUCCUCUUACCACUUUUUAAACUUCAUAACCACAGUAACAAGGAUUUUCUGAACUCAAGGGAAUUAGUUAGCCAAUCAGAGCGUCAUCAGAUAGAGGAAGAUGCAGGGAAGGGUGUGGAAUGGACAAUCUGGCGGGCUGUGACUAUUAAUAAUACUACCUACCAUACAGGGUACAAAGGGAUGCAUCAGUGAGGCACAAUUGGGUGCGUCUGACGCUUCACAACUCUCACAAAUGCAGAACACAAACUGUGAAAAUAAACUGUGUAUACAACAG